UUCCCGCGGGUUCAUUUUAAAAAACAAAUUUGCAUUUAAUUUCGACCAUUUACGCGCCGUAACGAAAGCGAUGGCGCUAUCCACCGACGCAUCACCACCACCUUCCUUAGGAGACGAACCGUUACCUCAGGACGGCUACGGUUACGACGUUAACGAUGAUGAUGGCGCUUCGUUCGGCGUCGUUUCACUGGACGACGAGGGUUUUCCGUCCCAACUCCCUGGAUCGGAAACGCCGUCGGAAAAGAGCAGUUUCACCGCCGAUUUCUAUCGCUGCGGAACCGAUUGGUCCUCGCUGAUGUUGCUGGAUGAUAAAAAUGAUAGACACAUCGGUUUCGAGCGCGAUUCGGGGAAGAAGAUGAAGCAGGCCAACCUGUUCCAGAUUUGGGGUUUCAAAAGAAACGACGCCGUUGGUUCAGUUGAAUCUGGACCGAGUAUGAGUGUUUAUUCUGAUAAAGGAGGUAGUUCUUCUGAAAGGAAGAUUGUGAAACCUGGAAAUUGGGGUUCGAUUUUGCGCGACGGAGGAAAGGACUCUGAGAACACGAAAUCUCUCCGUAAGAGAAAGGGUUUCAGUGGUGAAAAUAGGGUUACACGUUCCUGUCCCUUUUAUAAGAAAAUCCCAGGGAGACCAUUCACUGUUGAUGCUUUUCGGUAUGGGUAUGUUGAAGGGUGUUCAGCGUAUUUUCUUAGUCAUUUCCAUUGCGAUCACUAUGGUGGCCUUAGCAAGAAAUGGUCUCAUGGCCCUAUCUAUUGCUCUCCUCUCACGGGACGGCUUGUUCAAAUGUGUCUAUCGGUAAAUCCUUUGUAUAUCCACCCUUUGGAAUUUAAUACGGAACAUGUGAUUGAUGGUGUCAAAGUGACUCUUUUAGAAGCUAAUCAUUGCCCUGGUGCGGCUUUGAUUCACUUUAGCCUCCCAAAUGACCAACGCUAUUUACACACUGGGGACUUUAGAGCGUGUAAACCAAUGCAAGCUUACCGUCUUCUUGUAAAUCAACGUGUAAAUGUACUUUAUUUGGAUACUACAUAUUGCAACCCAAAAUACAGGUUCCCUUCCAAGGAAGAUGUACUAAAUUAUGUUGUCAAAAUUACGAAGAACCACCUCAAAAUUCAUCACAGAACUUUAGUGGUCGUUGGGGCUUACAGCAUUGGCAAAGAAUGUGUAUAUCUUGCAAUUUCUAAAGCUCUUGGGGUAAAAAUUUAUGCCAAUGCUUCAAGAAGACGGAUUUUGCAAGCUUUUGGUUGGUCCGACCUUUCAGAUAGACUCUGUACAAUAGGAAAUGACACGCUUCUCCAUGUCCUGCCCAUGUCAUCUUUGAGACCUGAGACCUUAAAGGAUUACUUGAAGACAUACAAGGAUCAAUUCACAGCAGUUUUGGCGUUUCGUCCAACAGGUUGGACUUUCAAUGACAAGAUAAGCAACGAUCUGGAACUAAUUAAACCUGUUACCAAAGGAAAUAUCACGAUUUAUGGAGUUCCCUACAGUGAGCACUCCAGCUUUACAGAACUGCGAGAUUUUGUUCAGUUUUUGAGACCUGAGAAGAUCAUUCCAACUGUGAAUGUUGGGAAUGCUGCUAAUCGAGAAAAGAUGCAAUCCUACUUCCGAGACUGGUUGAGGUGCUGAAGUCUCUUAUUCACUGCUAUUUCUAGAUGAGGAUUUAAGUGUUUAUCUCAGUUUUCCAUUUUAAAACCAAUUUGCGGUUGCGGGACUCAACAUUUAUUGCUGCUUGCAGAAGGGCAUUUAUCAACUUUAUGACAACCAAAGUAGGACCAGAAUAAAAUGAGAUGCCAUACAUUCUGAUAUUUUCUGAAGAGUACUUUAGCAAUGCCCAAUUGCUGUAUAUCUCUAUUCGAUUGGUUGGACUGAUCCAGUAUAACUUUCGCUAAAGCAGGUGAUUCACCUAAUUGUAUUCUGUGAAAUAAUCAUAUGUUAGACAUGGUUAAAAUAUUAUUAGAUAUAGUUAGAUAUAAUAUUAUGUGUUAGUUUAAAUGUAACAUGCUUAAAUAUAAUCUUAUGUCUUUGACGUACAUUAGGAAUUCAUCUGCUUUUCUCUUU